GCUUGUGUUGUUUUUCAAGAAAGACCAUUUCCUGUUGACAUUCGCUACAGAUUUCUUCAUUGUUUAGAGUAAGAAACAUGAUUUAACAAAUGAGGAACAAUUCUCACUCAUGAAACUACGUAAAGUAAGCUGACUUUUUCAAAAUGGCGCUACCAACUACUCCUCGCUACUGGACAACAAGAAAGAAUAUUUAUGAACAAGCUAUAGUACGACACAGAGACCAUAACGACCAGUUCAGGGAAAGAUGGGGUACAGCUGUUAACUAUUUUCAGAAAUCUGACAUGGAAGCUAAAAAGCAAUCAAACUGGGGCUCAGAACAAAGCAUGAGGUCAAGCAUGGACAAAUACAAAGCUAUACAGGACAAAGAUGAGAAGACAGAAAGGUUAAAGAAAAGGAGAUUAAAGUUAGGACAGAUGUUAAGAGAAGAAAGAAAUAGAUGGGAGGCAGAACUUAAAGGUCUUUCAAGGGAUAAUUAUAGUCGACUGGAAGACAUGAAAGAAAGAACAGAUAGUUUGCGAAGUGCAAGGGAAGAAAAACGAAAACAGUUGGCAGAAGAAAAAUUAUAUGAGUAUUGGAAACUGAAUAAUCCAGACUUAAGAAAGAUUGAGUCAGAGCAGUUAAAAGAUCAUGUGGUUGGUAAAUGGAGUGGACAAGUAGAAGAAAAAGAACAGAAAUUAGAUCAAGAGAGAAGAGAAAAGGAAAAGUUUGAAAGACAAAUGGAGGAGGAGAGGUUACAAGCUUUAGUGUUAGAAAGACAGAAAGAAGAAGAAAAAUUGAGGGAAGAAAUAAGGAUAAAAGAUAUUGUACAAGAACAAAUGUUUGAAUUAAAGGAAAGAGAACAUGAGGCAAAGAUUUUAAAAAGAGAACAGGAGCAGUUAUUGAGGGAACAAUGGGAGUUAGAAAACUUGGAGGAAGAGAGAAAAGAGAGAGAAGUUCAACGUAAACAAAGAGAAGUAGGGAAGAUGCUUCUUAGACAACACAAGACACAGAUGAUGGCAAAGUCCAGAAGAAUUUUAGAAGAACUGGAACAAGACAGGCAGAUAUUAGAAGCUAUGGCAGAACAAGAAAAGGAAGAUGAAAAAGUACAGACAGCAAGGAAAGAAACAGCCAGAGCAGAUGCAGCUUGGAUGAAACAGGUUAUUGAAGACCAGAUAAAGUUAGAAAAGGCAAGAGAAGCAGAACUUGAUAUGCUUUAUCAAGAAGAAGCAGCUAGAAUGUGGCACAAAAGAGAAGCUGAAUGGGAGAAAGAACGAGCAGCUCGGGCAAGACUGAUGCAUGAAGUGAUGGAUGACAGACAAAGGCAACUGGAAGAUAGAAUGGAACAAAACCGAAUAGAUCAGGAAGAGUCUUUAAAACAGAGAGAGCUGUUAAUUCGUGAGAUGGAAAUAGCACAACAAAUGACACACAGGGAGAAAGAGGAGACAGAUGCACAAAAAGAGGCCCUAAAAUUAAAUUUGAAAGAACAGGUGACAGCACGUCGUGAACAAGAAGAGAGAGCUAAACAGAGGGACGCUUUAGAAUAUAAUGAAGAUCAAAAAGGGGAUGAAGAAUAUGAUGAUUUCUUACGACAAGAAACAGAAAGGAUGAGGCUAAAAGGAUUUACACCUAGACAACAUGGAAGAAAACAGGCAUGGUCAUGAAAGAUGUAAAAGCCUAGACUCUACUAAAUUAUUUUAUAUAACAAUUGAAAAUGUCAGUUCAUUGUGGUUGAGGGCUCAUAGAUUCUACAGAUCUCAACAAUUCAGAAGAAAUGGCGGAUGACCAUAAUUAUUGUUAUCAACAUGUCAUUAUAUGUAACAUUUGUGAAUUAUUAGAUCAAUCAAAAAAAUAACUCUGAAAAGAGUAAUUUUGAAAUGUCUCUCCUCAUACAAUUUUUAGUUCCUCAAUUUUAUGCACCAUGCACCAUUAUGUAUUACUGUAAACCAACUUAUUUUCGCGGAUACUUUAUUUCGCAUUUAGCCCUUAUUAGCCCAUUUCGUGGAGAUUUAAUUUCGCGAUUUUGAAAUUUGCUUGAUGUUAUAUAAGGAAACUUCCAAGUUUUACAUAUUUGCUUUAUUUUACUACUCGCGAAAGUCGCGAAAAUAAAUCAAUCGCAAAAAUUAGUUGGUUUACAGUAUAUACCAAUACAAAAAAUUAAACCUACUUCCAUAUUUGUAUUGUUUAAACAGUAAAUUUUACCAGAGACAGUAUUAGGGCUGUUCCAAAAUUUAUUCAGUGAGAGGGGGAUGGGAGCCACUCAUUAAAUGUACAUAUGGGUUGCAUUUUCUUGGAAUAUUGUUAGAAUUACAAAUACAAAUGUAAAAUGAAAAAUUUUGUUUUAUAGGUGGUCAGGGUCUUAAAAAAGUGCCUCCCAUGCAUUUAAUUAUGGAAUAGCCCUUACUAUGAAAAUGUGUCCACAAAAUAUAAAUAUUAUGCUCAUAUGAAUGGAAAAUUUUAAAAGUAGAAAAUUUAUACACAGUU